ACGUCGUGUUGGAGGCGUUGGCCGGUGUCAGUGUAUGCUCCGGAGAAGAAGAACACCGUCCUCUGAAAUAAUCUCUCUGAGUAACCGGAGGGAACUACUUUCAAAAUACCUUUCUUUAGUUUUUAGUUUUAUUACCACUACGUAGUUUGAAACUAUCGAAAUGAUAAAGAACGGGCACCACGCUGCGGAGGAGCAGCCGGAUGACGCUGUUUGCGGUACACCGGGUGGCUCUGCUUGCAGCCCGGAGAAAAGGAAGCGCGUCGUCCGGUUAUGGUGUGACGGCUGUUAUGACAUGGUUCACUACGGUCACUCUAACCAGCUGCGGCAGGCCAAAGCCAUGGGAGACUACCUCAUAGUCGGAGUGCACACAGAUGCGGAGAUUUCAAAGCACAAGGGUCCUCCGGUCUUCACUCAGGAAGAACGCUACAAAAUGGUACGGGCCAUCAAGUGGGUGGACGAGAUCGUAGAAGGAGCGCCCUACGUCACCACGCUGGAGACUCUGGACAAGUACAACUGUGACUCCUGUGUGCACGGAGACGACAUCACGCUGACGGUAGAUGGUAAGGACACGUAUGCAGAGGUGAAGCGCUUAGGCCGCUACCGGGAGUGUAGACGCACACAGGGGGUCUCCACCACCGACCUGGUGGGACGGAUGCUUCUCAUGACCAAAGCCCAUCACAGCAACAUGGAUAACCCAGAUUACCAGACGCACACAGACAACUUUGGGAAAGGUCCUAAAGGCCACAGUCCCUGGACAGGAGUGUCUCAGUUCCUCCAGACAUCCCAGAAGAUCAUCCAGUUCGCCUCUGGGAAGGAGCCUCAGCCCGGAGACACCAUCAUCUACGUGGCCGGGGCAUUCGACCUCUUCCACAUCGGCCAUGUUGACUUCUUAGAGAUGGUCUAUAAGCAGGCGGAGAGGCCCUACGUCAUCGUGGGUCUGCACUUUGACCAGGAGGUGAAUCGGUACAAGGGGAAGAAUUAUCCAAUCAUGAACAUCCAUGAGAGGACGCUGAGUGUCCUGGCCUGUCGGUACGUGUCAGAGGUGGUGAUUGGUGCUCCCUAUGCAGUGGGCAAAGACCUGCUGGAUCACUUUAGGGUGGACCUGGUGUGUCAUGGCAAGACGGAGGUGUUUCCUGACAAGGACAUGUCAGACCCCUACGCCGAGCCUAAGAAGAGGGGGAUCUUCAGGACGAUCGACAGCUCGAACAAUCUCACCACUGAUGACAUCGUCCAGAGAAUCAUUGCAAACAGGCUGCAGUUUGAAGCCAGGAACCAGAAGAAGGAAGCCAAGGAGAUGGCGGUGAUCGAGGCGAUGAAGAGGAAAGAGCAGCAGGAUCUGAGUGAGGGUGCAGCCCAGCCUGCUCACUAGUGACACCUCAGACCAGCUUCUGUGUUUGGUUCACUCAUCCCGGUACACUCAGCUUUAAGACUCAACUGACCCAGGGAACACAGCCACUGGGGGAAGAAUCAUGCUUUAAAUAUCCAUUGUGGCAGUGUGUCGUGCACGCUGCUGAGUGAGCGUCUCUCAGCGUUAUUCUAUUACAGAAUUCUCCAGCCUAAUGCGAUUAAAAUAGAUCUGCCUCUACAAGAAAACCAAGAAUCAAAAUUAACCUCGAAAUCUCUUUUAACCUCUCGUCCUCCACAGAGAACAUUUUAAUGUUUGUCUUCUUCUGUCAUGUUUUGUCUUUGUCCAGGAAUUCACACACUAUGUUCCUGUAAAGGUGUAUAAGUGAUAUGUUGGGUUUGUAAUAAGCCAUAACUUAAAUGUUUUUAGAUUUUAAACCAUAUUUGUUUUAAAGAUCGGCCUUAGUUUUUUUUAUACACUGGGUAUAAAAACUAUUGCAUUGUAGUCAUAAUGUUUUUGUCUAUACUGAAAAAAUUAAUUACUUCAAUGUCAAAUGAUUCAUGGAAAAGUCUUUUAAUUUUAACUGUGGAUUUAACUACCUGAUUUUGCACCCGGCUAUAUGUGUGUGUGUGUGUGUGUGUGUGUGUGUGUGUGUGUGUGUGUGUGUGUGUGUGUGUGUGUGUGUGUGUGUGUGUGUGUGUGUGUGUGUGUGUGUGUAGUUAGUGAGUGAGUGUUUGCACUGUAAAUGACAGUAAUGUCGUGCCUCAUUCCUAACGGUACAACUAAUUCAAGAUCUGUGAAUUGCACCAAAACUUUAAACUGUGUCUCUGACCUCAGUCUACCUUUUAAAAGAAUUCUGCAAAACUAUUAUGUUUUCUUCUACAAGAGAAUCCAACAAAUUUCACAUUUGGACCCAGUCUCACUUUCAAACUGCUUCUGUAGAGGUGUACAGUCUUGUGAUUUUCCUUGUUAUUAUGGGGCAUAUUACUCUGAGAUGAAUUGUUAAAGGUGCGAGACAGUUUCUGUUUUAUAAAUGUGUCUGUAGAAUGUCGCAGGCUGAGAAAUAAAUAUGUUUCUAAAUAUCAAUCAAUAAAUUGCAACUUGUACAUUUUAAUAAAUAAAUUGGAAAUAU